CUUCCCUGCACAAUAGCCGUUGAGGGCCCCGCCUUUAGAGAACAGAUUGUAUAACCGGGCCUAGAUUAUGUAGUUCGUUUACCCAACCGAGAGCGCUGGAUCUUUGCAAGACGCCUGCCCUGCGGCUGGAGAGGAGACAAGUCCACGGCGGCCUUGAAGCGGAAGAAGGGAGGCGAGGCAGCGCGAAGCGAGAAGGAGCGCGGAUUGCGAAGGACGCCUGCGGAUACUUGGUUUGGCUGAGGUUGAUUUCCCCCCCUGGUGACUAUGGCUUCUGUCCCAGACAAUCAGCAAGUCCAGGCCUCUUCCCUUGACCAAAAAGACCAGAAUCUGCUCCAUUCUCCAACUUCAAAUGUUAGAAUUGAAGACAUUGAAAGCAUCCGUCGAGAGUGUAAAGAGGAAAGUUUUUGGCACAGAGGUCUUCCUCUGUCUCUUGGAAGUAUGCUUGUUGUUCAAGGACUAGUGGCCAACGGUACUUUCAAAGCAAGCCCUAGAUUUGGAGCACUGCCUAAAAUGGCACUUGCUGGUUUCGUAGGUUUUGCUGUCGGGACUAUGUCAUACAUAAGAACAUGUCAGAAGAAGUUUGAAAGUAUUGGCGUUCAGCCCUUUGGCCCCAAAUGGCACUGUCCUCAUACUUGCAAAGAUUGCAAAGCUAAGUUGGAAAAAAGUGUUGGAAAAAUCCAAGACUCCCAUUUCUUAAAGAUCUGAUUGAUUUAAGCAAUAGUCAUGGUACCUGCUCUACUAAAGCAACAAACUCAGCAUUUUGUAAAAAAUCUACUUUUAAACCUAUUGUAUACCUUAAAACGAUUUUAAAUAAAAAAAAUAUAAAGUUUAA